AUGGCGGCGCACCUUCAUGUCUCUCGUUUUUUCUUAUUGCUUUUGCAUGUUGUGACCGUCCUUGCUUUCUAUAACGUCUCAGUCACGGAGCUAAGAGUAGUUGAGACAAGUCUGCCCCGAUUAGGCAGAAGAAAUGGCGGUAUCGCACUCGAACAACGAGCCGUCACGACCGAACUAUCUACGUGCGGUUACGUAGACGGCGAUCCAUCUAAAAUUCGAACUGCUGAACCGGGCUAUGACUGUCGUAUAGAUAUUACGAAGGGUUUAUGGGGGUUUUGCCCUACAACUGUUAUUUCGGCUUCGGAUUGUGGAUUGGCGGGAGUGUGCGUUGAUCAAUCGGAUUGCUCCGAGGGCUGCGGGCUGACAGGAACAGAGGGCAUUACCACGUUCACCUGUACCAAGUCGGGUGAAAAUUUCUGUUCUACUGCCCUCAAUGUUCGAGGAGUAGACCAAACAUUCAGUUACAUAGCCUGCGGUGCGAGUGCGGAAAUAAUCACUCUGCUUGCUGAACCAUCGGAUGAAACAACCUCGAGCACGUCCGCGACAGCUACCAGCAAAGAAAAUGUAGUGGGUAGUUCAUCAACUUCACAGCCGGUACCAGCUUCGACUACACCUCAGUCGGGAAGUCUACUGACUAAUCCGUCGGAACCUACGACACAGGCCCAACAACAACAAUCGGGUGGCUCUUCGACAAAUACGGGUGGGAUCAUCGGAGGUGUGCUAGGUGGUUUGGCGCUUGUGUGUGGUACGGUGUUAGCUGCUCUCUAUCUUCUUCGACGAGGUCGGCAGAGACAACGAGAAAGCCAAGAAGCAGCGAACGCUAUAAAUGGUAUGGCACAAUCCGGGCCUAAUAAAGACUACUCGGCGUACAGCAUGGUACCAUCACCAUCAGAAGCGGAUAGCGUCCCGGUAGCUAGACCACAGACACAUCCGGCCGAGGUGUACGGCAGUCCGGCUUGGAGACAACAUUCAAGCGAUGCUCAGGAGUUGCCUUGAAGUAUCAUUCUCGGUAUGGGUGAGACGCUUGAACUAAAUAAUUCGGACCCUAUAUGAAGUAUAGAGAUGGUACUGGAAGCAUUCGCAUUAUUAUAUAUAGGAGAGUGAGUUUUAUAGCUUGGCUCCUUUCUAGCUUGAAAAGAGUUAGAUAUCCCAUGGAUAUUAGAGAUUUAUGUAUAUACUAUAAGACUUAUCUUUUCGUAACUUAUUCGGACAUUUCAAUUGAAUAUAAUAUUUGAUAUAGGCAAUUCUUAGAGGUGUAAGCGUGGUUGAGUGAGAAGCAGAGUAUUGAUUCUUGAAUUCUCCCUCACUAUGAAGUAGGCGUGAAGAAAUAAAAGAAAGGAAAGGCGAAUGGG